ACAGUUAAGUUUAGUUUCAAAAUGGCUGUGUUCCAUCGUAGCUCCCGGCUCCUUGUCUACGGUGCUCAUUAACCGGAUAGUGAAUCAAUCGCCAAAGGAAGUGCGUGAAUCGGAAUCGAGAUAGGAAACGAAAUAGGAUGAAUUCUCGAGCGAGCGUGCAAGCGAUCCUCGCGGUUUUCUGCGUAAUCGCGCUCGAGGAGAGCGUCGGCAUUCUUCGAAGAUGCGUAAGCUGCAGGUCGCGUGGAGAACUGGGCUCGUGCAAAGACCCUUUCACCAUGAAUUCUACGCAAAUUGCGCUCGAAAAAGGCGUCGACGCGGUACCAUGCGUUUCUGGAUGGUGUGGAAAAAUCAUCGAGAGUCAAAAUUUAAAUAAUGAAUACGGAACCGCCACGCAGAGAUUAUGCUUCCAACGAGGUCCAGACGACAACGAGGAAAGAUGCGCUUACACCGUGUGGAAUUACAAGAAAGUAUACAUGUGCCUGUGUUACGGAGAUCUUUGUAACGGGACGAUGAAAACGAACGUUGCCAGUGGUUUAAUGAUAGCGAUCACAGCAUGCCUAACACGAUUGCUCGUUUAAAAAUACAAGCGAUAUUAUUAUUCCGACGUGAAACGAGUGAAGUGAUUGACCGUUCUAUUCUACGUUCGUCGCUGAGCCAUGCAAGAGUUCCACGUCUCGGAAACGGAAUUGACGUUUUUAUGAACUGUGAGAUUAUGUGUUCUUCGUAAUGCACAUAUCGCAAUAUAAUUGCGCGUAACAAGUGAGAUAUAUUUUAGUAUUAAGUGUAUUUUUUUAUCGCGUACUCUUAAACAAAAUCUAGCUCUCAGAUUAGUUUAUUAAUUAAUUUGAUUGAAAUUGAAAGUCGAUUUUUUGGUAGCGAAAAAUCGGCUUAAAAGUUUAAUAUGAAUACGAAUACUUUUUUACGUUUUUUUUUCAAAAGCGGUAUUUCAGUUUUUGACAUGUUAUAUUUUGUUUCAGUGUAUAUCACAAAUUUCUGGAAAUUGUAAUAAAAAAAAAGUAUCUAC